AUGGAUGCGAUCGUGCAGGACAUGGCCAUCAAUACUAGGCCUAGUGCCGGCUGGGCCGUUCUGGCCGGCGCCGGUGGCGGCCCGCAACUGCUUUACCGCCAAACCAAGUCGGGCUCCGAACUGCGAGGGACCCUGGCUUUGGCAGUACCUGCAAGCCUUGCCCUGGAGCGACUCUACAGUGGAGCCUUCCUGCAGUCGCUGUUCCCUCGCCUGGGCCUACAGGUCUCGGAGCCCGAGCACGACUGCAGCUCCUGCAGCCUGCUCCGCGUCGAGGGAGGUGGGUUGGAGCUGCUUCGCUGGCGGCGUCUUCGCGUGCACCCGGAUGGCCGUGCGGCGUGCUGGUUUCAGCCGGCAAAGGAGCCCAUUGAGAAGAAAAGAAGCGGACGGAGCUUCGGCUGGUUUCCCAAGCAGCCGGGCCUAGCCGACUUGGUGGGGCUUGCAGAGGUGGCCUGCGGCUUCUUGGUGCAGCCUGUGCUGCCGGAGAGCUGCAAACUCCUCUGGCAUGCAAAGCUCGCGAGGAGUGGCUUUAUGCUCAAAGCGGCCUUGGCCAGCCUUUGCGCGGGUCCCUUGCGGAGGUUGGCUCGGGACCUCUCCGCCGAGCCGGCCCCGAAAACCGACGUUUCGGCCGAAAGGGCCGAGGCCGCAGAGGACGAGGAUGGAAGAGCUGCGCCCAGCACUUGCCGAAUGAGCGCGCAGCACCAGGAGGAGCAGGAGGAAGAGGAGGAAGAGGCGGAGCAGGAGGAAGAGGAAGACGAGGAGAGUGAAUCUGACAAGGCCUUGUCCGAUAAGGGUGGCGAGGAGGCCCGAGAGCUGUGCAGCACUGGGCGACAGGAAGCAGCAAGCCUGGAACCCGAAAGUGCGGCAGCCGUGGAGGAGUUGAACAACGUCAGCCAAGGCAUCCUGGAGCUUUUGGAAGAGUUACAGAUGGCUCAGGAGGUCGAGGAACAGAGGAUCUCGGGACCGGAGCUCGGAAACUCUGCCAAUGACGCCCUCAAGCAUGAGCUGGAUGGCGAGGAUAGACCUUUGGACGUUUCAGACCGGAGCGGACCUCCCAGCUCGCGGCCCGUGAAAUGCCUCUGCGCUUUCGGGGCCAGUGCAAAGUGUCGCAGUGGUUCCGGCAGCGGCGGCGGAAGCGCAUGCGAUUCCCGGAGCCAAGAUUGUCUGUGGAGCUGCCACAGAACGAAGCGAAGGAGGGAUCCGAGGAGGUCGGAGUUCAGAAGAUGUGGGUGGG